AUGGAUGUAACAAAUAGUGCUGUGUGGUUCACAAUGUCUUUUGUUCUCAUUGCUGCAAUAGCCAUAAAGAUUGCAAAAGGAAGAACUAUGUUUGGCUCAAGCAGAUGCACUAUGCCAACUCCACCUGUCGUUGAUGGCAUAUCUCUCAUACGAUUUUUACAUAUGCUCCUUACAAAGGGUCUACGAGCAACGAUCCAUGAUCAACAUAAAAGGAUGGGGAGUGUUUUCACAAUAAGUUUCUUUGGACAGAAGCUAACAUUCUUGGUUGGACCAGAGAUCUUAAGUCAUUUUUAUCAAGGACCAGACUCAGAGAUCAGUCAUGGUAAUAUGCUUGACUUCAUGAUACCCAUGUUUGGCAAAGAGGUAGGCUAUGGUGUAGAUUUUACCACCAGAUAUGAGCAGAUCCGCUUCUACAUUGAUGCAUUAACACGUCCUUCGAAGUUGAGGGUGCAUGUUGGUCCCAUGAUUCAAGAAGUCGAGGGUUACUUUGCAAAAUGGGGACAAGAUGGCAUAAUUGAUUUAAAACAUGAGUUCAGUAUGUUACUCAUGCUGAUAUCAAGUCGGUGUCUACUUGGAAAGGAGGUUCGGAAUAAGAUGUUUGAUGAGAUCCACACUUUGUUUCAUGAGCUCGACAGUAAUGGCAUGUCCCUAUCAAGUGUUUUGUUCCCAUAUGCCCCAACUCCAGCGAACCGUAGGCGUGACAGAGCGCGCUCCAAGCUCUCAGAAAUAUUCACUGAGAUCGUGAGGUCUCGGAGGUGCUCCAAUCAAGUCGAGGAAGAUGUGUUGCAAAACUUGAUAGAUGCCAAGUAUAAAGAUGGCCGCUCCACAACUGAAGGAGAGGUCACGGGUAUGAUCAUGCUCUUAAUCUUUGGUGGAAAGCACACAAGCACAGCUGCUACUACGUGGACCGGAGCUCGCCUACUUAGCAGCGAAAGAUCCUUGACAGCGGUGGCUGAGGAGCAAAAACAAAUUGUUAGAAAAUACGGGGAGCAUAUAGACUACAAUGUACUGUUAGAGAUGGAGACCCUACGUUGUAGCAUCAAGGAAGCACUACGGAUGCACCCUCCAGCAGCAGCAGAUUUUCGGAAGGUACACAAAAACUUCACGGUAGAAACCAAAGAAGGCCACAAGUAUGAGAUCCCAAGAGGGCAUACCGUGGCAAGCCCGAUACUAUUUAACAGUAACCUACCUCACAUUUACAAGGAUCCUGAUGUGUAUGACCCAUCCCGUUUCGGCCGUGAAAGGCAGGAGGACAAAAUUGGUGGUAAAUUCACUUAUGCAGCAUUUAGUUGUGGACGACACACUUGUGCUGGUGAGGCUUAUACUUACAUGCAAAUUAAGGCGAUAUGGAGCCAUUUGCUCAGGAACUUUGAGCUUAAGUUGAUAUAUCCUUUCCCUGAGACAGAUUGGGGCAAGUUAAUGCCAGAGCCUAAAGGGAAAGUGAUGGUAAGUUAUAAGAGACGGCCACUGCCUAUCAACUAG